AUUGCCGUCCGAGCAACAGACAAGCAGCAGUUGCUCCCCUGAAUCUCGCAAGCAUGAAGGUUCUGGUUCUCUUCGCUCUGGGUCUGGUCGCCCUGGCCGCCGCCCGACCCUCCGACAUCAUCGACUUCGAGGAGGACCACAUGGAGCACGAGCAGGAGGGCAUUCCCGGAACGGCCGUGGAGGGCGAGUACUCGUGGGUAGCGCCCGACGGGAACGAGUACCACGUCAAGUACGUCGCCGACCGCUUCGGUUACCGCAUCGUCGACGACAACGUUGUGCCCAGAAUGCGCAGCGACGCGCCGGAGGCUGAGGAGGACGAUGAUUAGAUAUGAAGUUGAAGGACGUCGAGAACGUCAUGUUUGCCGCACCUUUUCAAAUCUACAUUAAAGAAUAUGUCAGAUGUAAUUAAUAAAUAAUUUUAUUUUCGUAUGAA